ACACCAGAUCUCGAGUUUAUUCAAAUAUAUGAUGUUGGUCAAGUUGAAUGGGUUGACAUUGCGGGUGGAGAUUGGAAAUGUUAGUUAAGUUAUGAGAAAAUCUGAUUAUUUUCGGCUCGUUUUAUAAUUUAUCCAAGGGUCUAAUCUUGUCGGCCCGAAACUAGACCGAAGUUUCUGAUAUAGGACCUUAAUAACGGGCAAGAUAGUUAAUGAUCGGCUUUAACUUAGUCCCUUUGCAAGUGACGAUGGGUUUGCCUUUAUCCUGGUGGUUGUGACCUUGUUUUGCGUCUGGUCAUGUCACAAACAAUAAUUAUUGCUUGCAUUCUGAGCAGAGGAUGAGGUAACCAGUAAUCACCAUGAAAAGAACUUUGUGGUUUCUCCCGAAUCACGCUUUUGGCGAAUCUGUCCGGUUAUAGCCUUGUGCAUGUUUAGCGACUGAGAAAUAAAAAUACCCUUGUUUCGUUAAGUUAAAAAUGAAAUACACCAUCAUUUGAUUAACCCAGCGAGGCACGAGAGUUGAAAUUGAUAAUCUGGUUUUCACUGUAUGGCAGCUGAAUGAAAUUUGAAAAAUGCAACAUAAUAAAAUGACUAGAUUUCAUGACACAAACGAUCUUCAAAAAUGGGAAUUCGAAGUUGAACCUUAAGGAGAAGUACCUGUCUUGGAAGGGAAGGACCGAAAGGCCGACUUGAAUUUUAAUACCCAGCAUUUCUCACCCGUCCUGGUGGUGGUUGGCGGCCGAAUUUCAUUCCCGAUGUCGAAAGCAAUCCAUGGUCUCCUUCGGCGACGUGACGGGAUCAAUCACCAUCUUCAUCGGUUGAGUUCCCCAUCUCCAGUAUGCAGGCCAGCUCCACGGGUUCCAUCACAUGCCUACAGUUUGUUCCUUGGUACACAAUCGAAGUUCUUCUCCUCUCACUCAUUUGCUGCGAAGCCCGCCUCCUCAAUUGGGACAUUGUCCCGAUUUUUCUAUUCAUCGGAGCAAAAUCCCCUUUCUUCUGUGAUUCGCGCUUCGCGGAACUACUACGCUUCUGCUAGCCGUAAUCCUCAGACAUUCUCUUCCAGGAGGCCGGUAAUUCCUAUACAGGGCGACAGCUAUGCUGGGUUUCGCUCCUUUUCCUUCAAAUCUUCAGAUUUGGGUAAAGUCAAUGGAAGUUUCGCGAAAAAGGUUAUCGCUAAACCGGUGACUGCAGUGCGUUCUGCUUUCUCCCGAUACAGUGAGGCUUUUGGUUUGCAAAUUGAGGCAUUCUUUAAGAGGAAUUACCUGUUUCUACUUGGGGCUGCCGGUGUUAUGGUUUGUGCGCUGCUCUGGAGGGUCAUGUUUGGGAUUGCAAACGCCUUCAUUGGGCUUUCGGAAGGCAUGGCUAAGUAUGGGUUUCUUGCCCUUUCAUCUGCUAUCGUAGCUUUUGCUUAUGAUAUGAAGCUGUUGGCUGUCGAUGUUCCCAUGGCUUCAGGCCCAGACCAGCGGUUGUUUUUGAUUGGGGAUGAAGAAGAAUACAGAGUUGGCGGGGGACUAAUAUCCGUGUUAAGAGAUCCUGUAGUGAAAGCAAUGGCAGCAACCAAAGAAUUUGAUGAUCUUGACCUGAUUGAAGAAGAGGAAGAUGCUGAAAGAGAACGUCAGGAGGCUGAAAGAAAGCACCGUGAAGAAAUUGAAAAGCUGGAAAGCAGUGGCACUCAGUUCAUUAGCGACCAGUUUGAAGAAGACAAACCAACCAAGCAUCAAGAGAAUGAGCCAAUGCCCAACGGACGGUUUGAGAUUUUGGCAAGUAGGGCCGGUUCCGAGCGCCUCCUUCCUUCGGAAAUCCAGGUUAAGUUUGACCAAAAACACAAAAUCCAAAAUGAAGGUCUAUCUUUUUGCUGAGUUAGUUAGAUUGGUGCUGAUUUGCCUGCCCACCAUGUUAUAUCAUGGCUCACUUGAAUCCAUGUGCGAAACAUUAUGAUGGUUUUCGAUGUUGAAUAUGAAGUCAAAACAAACAAUGAUGUCGGUCACUUUUCUCCUUUGAAUCUCAAAUUUUACUUUCACCAAA